UUGCCUGCUAAUCUUGAUUUGGAAGUGGAGGCUCGAGGAAAUGGACAGGGCAUACUGGAGGUUGUGACCUAUUACAACCAGCUACAUGAUGUUGAUGAGAAAAUGCCCUGCAAGCACUUUGAGCUCAACGUCACUAUUGAAGAAUCCAGCGAAAAAACUCCAGCAGAUGUAGAAAAAUCCUAUCAGAUGACCAUCAAAGUGAGGGCUUUAGGACCCAGAGAUGUCAGGAUGGUGGUUCUGGAUAUAAGUCUGCCCACUGGCUUCACCCCAGAAAACUCAGACCUAGAGAUGUUGUCAAACUCUGUGGACCGUUACAUCAAUAACUUCCAGAUUGUUGAUAACCUGAGUGACAGAGGCUCCCUGAUCAUCCAUCUGUUCAAGGUGUCUCACAAAGAGCCAGAGAUCCUGGUGUUCAGGCUUCAGCAGAACUUUAAGGUCGGCCUCCUCCAGCCAUCCACCGUUACUGUCUAUGAGUAUUACAGCCCAGAUCACCGCUGCAGUCGUACCUACACUCCCAGGGAGGACACAGAGCAGCUCACACGGAUCUGUAGGGACAACGUCUGCCGCUGCACGCAGGGAGACUGCUGUGUCUCCAAAACCGACGGUGAAAACUUCCCCAACAAAGAAAGAGAGACGUUUGCCUGCAAGUCUUUACACCACGUUUUCCAGGUGAAGGUGCUGAGUGUCAGCCAGAGUUACUACGACAAAUAUGAGAUGGAGAUCACACAAGUUAUCAAGCUGGGUGUGGAGGAUGGUAUUGAAGUGGGCCAGAAGAGGAUUUUCAUGUCUCAUGGAGGCUGCAGAGAUGAACUCAACCUGAAGCAGGGCUCCCAGUACCUCAUCAUCGGCCCCAAAGACGACCAGUGGAACACUGACACCGACACAAACAGAUUCAUCUACAUGUUAGGAAAGGACACCUGGGUGGAACGCUGGCCUUUGUCUGCAGAGUGCUCCAGCAAUCCCAGCCUGCAAGCGAAAUGCAAGAGCCUCCAAGAUACUGCAGAUGAACUAUCUGUCAACGCCUGCAGGCUAUAGAGGUGUCUGAGCAGCAACUGUGCACCAGUCUCCUCUGCCCAAAGAUGGUUAAAAAAUCACUGAGUUCAUGAUUAUUUUAACCCAGCCUGUACAGUAAAGACAUUCAACAAGUUGUGUUUUCACUGUGGAAAUAAGAACUGUAAGUGGAGCUAGUUAUAGAAACGUAAGUGUAAAGUUGUUCUCUACCGUAAUGAUAUAUUAAGAAUGAGGAACUAAAUACCACUGGCAGCAAAAAGAGUAAUAAAAGCACACUAAACAGCCUCCUCAAAGGGUUUAUAGCUUUUAGAGAAUGAUUAACAAUAAGAAAAGGAAAUUAAUUGAUAAAUGAUUUAAAGCAAACUUCUUAGGUUCUGUUUAAGUCUGUCAAUUUGCAUUCUCUUUGAUUGGUCUGUCCUAAGAAAUAUAUAAAAUCAGCGGUUUUCUGCAUGAAUAAACAAACUACUUAAGAUAUA